AUGCCUGAGGAACAGCAACACAAACGCAUCAAUUUUACUGGGGGCUGGGGACAGGAGUUUCUUCCUUCCUCCCACCACAGCAGAAAACCCACACUAACCCCGGAAAGAUCUCAGGUCAGAGGAUGGGUUGAGGAGGGGUUGAGAGGUCCCCUGACCGCGGAAAGGGAGUUCUACUCGACUCCACAACCGACGCCGAAGCAGCCCCGCUCUGCGACAUUCGCUGCUGCCGGCACGCUACCUCCCUUCGCCUUCCCCCAGAGGAGAAAAUGCGCGCCGCCGCGGCCGCAGCCGGUCCCGUCCCAGGGGCGGGGCCUCACGGGAGACGGAAGAGACGCGCGAUUGGCCAGAUUGACCGACGCGUUCAGUUUCGCGCGGUCUAGCGUCCAAGAAGGGUGGGACUGCGUGCGUGCGCGCGCGCGGCCACGAGCGCCCGUGAAGGGGUGGAGGCUGAGCUGGGCCUCGCGGAGCCGACAGAGACGCGUGAUUGGCCCGGUCGGAGGACGCUCGCAGCUCUGCUCCGCCCAACGCCAAAGAACUGUGGCCUUGUGCGCGCGUGGCCGCGAGCCUCCGCAGGCGUCGGGGGCGGGCCCGGCUGAGCUUGGGAAGACUGACGGCUUCCGAGCGGGGGGGGGGGGGGGCGUGCUUCUUUCCCGGGCGUCCUGUCCCUCCUCUUUCCUGGCCUCGCCUUCUUUUCCAGCUUCCUGGUUUUUUGGUGCCUGCCUGGCUCAGUGGGAAGAGCGCGGGACUCUCGGGACUCUUGAUCUCGGGCUGACAAGUUUUCUCAGAUUGUUCUCCAGUAAAACAGUGGUGUCCUAUGAGCUGGUUCAAGGUGUUUUACAGGGAGGACUUGCCUUGGGCCAACCACCUUCAGCCCCCACACUGAAGAUCUCUGAGUCACGCUGUGAAUCAUCACAAGACUCAAGACAGGAUGUGCAAGUUCUUACUCCUGGCACAGUCAUCUCAAAAGGCUUGGUAUACCUUAAUAUGUGAAUAUCGACCAUAUUCAGCCUGAAGACGGUCUGGACAGCAGAUUUUUCCUCCACUCCUCCCCCCAUUCCUCAGGGAAGCACCUCAGAAAUGACUAACAUCAUGACAGGAAAGGUAGAUAACUGUUCUCACCUGCCUUAGUUUACAAAGAAGCACGUAGUAGUGGUUUCUUAUAAGUACUCGGGACUAAUGGAGAAAAUCUAAUGACUGUACUUUGGUCAUAGAGUGAACUUUGUUGGAUGUGUAAUCAUGAGCACUGGAUUAGAGAUAAACCCACGUUUUAGUCGUUGAAAAGAACAACAUACUGGGAGCAUUGGUUAUAUAUUAGAAUAAGAGAAAGCAGAUAUAUUUGGAUAUGUUCAAAAAGACCAACAUGUCAUAUUAACACAAUUCAUAAAUAGAACUAAUGAAAUCCAAAGUCAAGAAUAACAUCAGAGGCAGCUCAAAGUUGUCAUGAGGCAAGAUGAGCUUACCAACAUUUAAACCAGGUUAUAUGAAAAAUAAAACCAUUGUUUUUUUUCUCCC